AAACCAUCCAGAGGCCGAAGAAGAUCCUGAAAACAAAGAAGACUCCGACAAUGCUAAAGCAUGCCGCGAUCAAGAACUAUACAACGAUGACGGUAGGGACAAGAUCGAUAUAGUGACGGCAAAAAAGAGAAUACCUAUAACA